AUGGAGCUGUGGCACAUCAUGGACUUUAUUAAGCCAAUGUUAAAAGGAGGUAAAAGGAUACUUACAAACAUGAGUAAUAUUUAUAUACAAGGGCCACCCACUAUGGCUAAAAACGAAUUUCGUACAAGAAUACGUUCUUAUGGACGAGGUUUAAUUGCUGUGGCUAAUGCUGGAAAAGAUGAUAAUACUUCCCAAUUCCUCUUUACUCUUGGUUCUACAUUAGAAUUGCAGAGUAAACAUACAAUCCUUGGGAAGGUUAUUUUAGAAACUAUAUAUAACAUGCUUAAAUUUGAAAAGGCACCUGUAGAUGAG